UCAUUAAUGUGACAGCUUUAACUGGAGCGGAAUCGAGUUCUUCCCGCUCUGGAUGACUCUCUGCAAACACCCUGCAAACAUUUCUCUCUCCUCAAGACACAUAAACACACGGACACGUGGAUGUGACGCGAUGAAUUGGACCUUGCGCUUCUGAAUCAAAAAAGGAUGCGAGAGGAAAAGCUGAGGCUGCCGCUGUUUUACUCAGAUUUGAGUGAAAUACUUUGGUUUGUUUACCCUCGAGGAUGUGAUGGGCAGCGACGUCAGUAAGAACAAGAAAGAGGGACCAACUGCCCCGCGUCGACUCAGUCAUGGUUUCCUCUCAAACAUGGGGGUCUCCAUGGCUCACAGACUCGGGCACUCAGCAGUAUUUUCCCGGCCCGUGGGACUGGAUGACAGGCUGCCUGCCCCCGGGCUAAUGUUGGCUCCGGAGGACAACGCUGGGACAUCAGACACGGACAGGACUCCUCCAGCUUAUAUCUCUGUCUUUCUGCCCGAGUUCCCACACCGCAAAUUUCCUGGACAAGAGCAUUUCCAGAUUCUGGGCCUCAUAGCUAAAGGAUCAUAUGGACCCAUCAUUAAAGUGAAGGACAUUUUUAAGGAGAAGAUCUAUGCUGUGAAGGUUCUACCAAAGUCAUAGAUCUUGAAGCAUGGAGUGCUGGAGCAGUCAAAAGAGGAAGUCAUCAUUCAGCAGCAGCUCAAACACCCAUUUAUCCACAAUCUGCAGGACUGCUGGCAGACGCAGCGCAACCUCUUCAUUAUGUGCGACUACUGCGGCACUGGAGACUUGUACACUUACUGGUUACUGAAGGGCCGGUUUGGGGAGGAUGAGGUCCGCCUCUUUGCUGCAGAGCUGGGCAGUGCGCUGGGAUUCCUACAUGACAUGGGGAUCAUACAUAGAGAUAUAAAGAUGGAGAAUAUUCUUUUAAGUGAUCAAGGUCACCUUCGAUUAUCUGAUUUUGGGCUCUCACAUCGCCUGAAACGAGGAGGACGAGCUUUUACAAUAUGUGGGACAAUCCAAUACAUGGCUCCUGAAGUUUUAAGUGGGGGUCCAUACAACCACGCUUCUGACUGGUGGUCUCUUGGCAUUAUGUUGUUCUCACUGGUGACAGGAGAGUUUCCAGUGCCUGCAGAGCCAGACCACAGCACCAUGUUGAAGAAGGUCAGAGAGUUUCCUUAUGUCCUGCCCAACUCCUUCAGCUCUGCUCUGAUCUUACUGCUCACUGAGCUUUUGUGCAAGAAUCCAGUGAGCCGCCUGCGUAAUCUGGAGUGUUUCAAGAUGCAGGCCUUCUUUCGUGGCACCUCAUUUGACCCUCACAUCCUCCAAAAGACGCCUGUUGAAUUCAUCCUUGAGCUCAGGACUCAUCCUGAUUGGGCAGCCAAAGCAAGGAGAGGCCUUUCAUUGGACUACUUUGAUAACUUUGACUGUGAUAAAAUCCUUCAUUCUCCCACGACUCCGUCUGAACUGUCUCCUACCUUGGCCAACAUGGACCUGAGCCGAGACACAGAGCAGACUUGUAAAGCUUAAGACUGGAUGUUUCUGUGGCUGAAUACAGUAACUCUGACUAGACAUGAGAAACUCAGAUCUUAAUUUGUCCUAAGUCCUAAGUUUCCCUGAACAUUAAUCUCUUACUGUCCAACCGCUGUUGUGCAGAUGAGAGAGGAUGCGAGUCCAUAAAAAUGUUGAUAUGCUGAGUCAGCUUCAGUUAUUACCGUGUGCUCAGAGCAAUGAGCUUAAGGAGCAGCAGCUGGUGGUGCAGAGAGGCUUCAUGAACUUUUAUUUACCCAUGCCUCUCUGAUGACACACAGACUGCCCUGCAGUUUACACCUGCAGACACUACUCCGGGCUGAAGAAGGUGCAGCAGCUGCGCUGUUCAGGUUAAAAACAGAAUUCAAUCUAUAUUUUAAUUUACAGUUAAUAAAGUAUCAGGUAUCUAUCAAUGACAAAAAAAUGAUUUUAGGGAGGGUUACAAUACCAAAGUUUACACAGCAUUUCAGUUUUUUACACUACCAUUAUUAUGGAAAGCUCAGUUACCAACAUUAGUAUAAAUUGUUAUUUGCAAGAUUGAUUUAAAUAUUAAAUGCUAUUGUUUUUGGGUUUUUUUAUGUUUAUACCUCACUGUCCCAAAACUGUUUCACUAUCCAAUCAAACAAUACUGGGAUAUUUACGGGUCAUCCUCAUUUAGUGUAGUCACUGAAUCAGUGUCCGUAAGUGUGAGUGGUGCUUUAUGUUAAAUGUUCAACAUAAACCAGACAUGACUGUCAUUUUCUGUGAGGGUUACACUGUUUUCACAAACACUGCUGACUUGCUCACUUGCUUUACAGCAGCGUAAAGUUGGUUGUCGAUCUUUAUGAUCAGAGAUUUGUCUUUAUUACUAUGUGCUUUUUGAGUCUAAUUAUCAUUAAAAGGUUCAGAAGUAUGAGAUAUUGGUAGAGCAAUUAGUUCUAUUAGUAGACAAUUAGUAGACGGUCUGUUGUUUUGUUAUAUGUAUGUUCUUUUAAUUUACCUGCCUUAAAAAUGAAUGCCUCCAUUCUGUCCAUUGCCAGGAAUUGGCAAAAGGCUAAUAUAGUUUGUCUUGUACUGCAACAUUUCUACAAUAUUUCAUUAAACUUACUUUAUAAAGAGGUCAACAAUGUCAGCAACAAAGUCCAUUUAUACUUCCUCAUAUGAUAUCCCUGUUAUACAGAAAUUAAAGUUCAUUCUUGACCAUCAAACACUUGUUUGACAGUAAAUAAGGUCUGGACACAAGAUGCACUUACUAGAUUUUUUUACAAUAUAUAUGUAUAUUUAUAUGACCACCUGUUAUUACAUGACUCAAGGUCCGUAU